AUAAAAAAAGAAAAUAAAAAAUAAAUAGUAUCUGUCAUUAAAUAACUAUUUUUAUGGACUUAUUUGUAUUUUAAUAAAUAAAAUUACUGUACAGAACCUUUUUCCAUAAUGCCUAAGAACAGGAAAUCAUCGAAAGAGGAAGAAGGAGGACCAGGAACACCGAAGCUGGAAAAAUCUAAGUCAAAUAUUUCUGCCAAGUCCGAACAAAAUGUUAAAGUUCUUAAAGAUGUCCCAGAACCGCCAAUGAAGAAAAUAGGAUCAAGACUUCGCCGCAACUUGGAGAGGGUAGAAAUGUUGGCUCGCCCAAACUCUCGUCGGCUUCGUUCUCUAUGGGAUGAGAAAUGUGCUAUAUUGCCUCCAGAACGCAGGGAUAAAAUAAAGAGCGCUUUAGAAGAGGACUAUUUUUUAAGUCCGGAACAGACAGAGCAAUAUUUUCAAGCGCUAAGUGAAUCAUCUAAGAGAUGGUCAGGUCCUGGCGGAAUGGUUAGUCGACGGGAGCAAAAUGAGAGAGUGAAAGAGUUACGUCAGCGUCAGAAGUGGCUGAUUAAUUUUAGUGCCCAGGUGGCUUACCGUCUCUGUGAUUAUAUUGCUAAAGGACAAAAGGAAAUGUUGGUAUCGAAUAGAUUAAGGAGCAUAGCAGAUGUUGUGUUGGAGAGAGUGGCCGAAAUAUUAGGUGAACCCAAACCCUCCCGUACCCACCCUGGUAGACUUGCUCGUUUUAUGGUCGCUAUAUCCGAUCGUAUUGCCGUUUGGAUAGAAAACGCCGUUUACCGCGCGGACGCCCUCGAGCCGAAGGAGUCUGGCGGCGACGAACACAUGAGACUUGAUACCGAAAAAACAUUUUAUUAAUUAAGACAUAAGAUAAGCAUAGUUUGCACUCAGAAGGCAUCAAAGCAGUUCUAGUGAGAUCUACCCAACAACAACUCCAUCAAAAUGAAAUUCCUC